AUGGUUCAACCGAUAGUGCCCAGCGACCAGUUUGUGCUGUGUACGACAUUUGACGCUGCCGGUAACGUCACUGCUGUCUCGAAGAAGUACCCGAAGAUGUCGUUUUUGAAAGACAACAGCUUGUUUCCUCGAGACCUACGGAAAGUGGAUACAUCGCUGAUUGACGUGGUGCCUCUGAUCAUGGUUCGGCCGGGAAAGGCCAUCAUCAUCAACUUGCUCCAUAUCAAGGCAAUUAUCCAGCGGGACAACGUGAAGGUGUUUGAUACGGCAAACCCGAAAAUGGCCCUGAAGCUAGGAAUCUUCAUGUACGACUUGGAGAUGAAGCUCAAGGGGCCGGGCCUGGCGCCCUAUGAAUUCAAGGCUUUGGAGAGCAUUUUGAUUUCCGUCUUGAGCUACCUUGAAGCACAGCUACAUGCACAGAAAUCCAGUUGUGGCCUUAUAUUGCUGGAGCUCGAGGAUCAUAUUAGUAGGGAGAAUCUACAGCAGUUGCUUAUCAAGCUGAAAAACUUGACAAGUUUCUUCCAGAGAGCCACGUUAAUUAGGGACGUUCUCGAGGAGCUUCUAGAGAAUGACGAGGACAUGACAGGCAUGUAUCUCACGGCUAAACAGGAGUAUACCCUGGAGGUCUCGCCCAACGACUUCUCUGACGUUGAAAUGAUCCUUGAAACGUACUACACUCACUGUGACGAGGUGGUUCAGCAGGCAGGCUCCCUUAUAUCCGAUAUCAAGGCCACAGAGGAGAUCGCCAACAUCAUUUUGGACGCCAACAGAAACUCCUUGAUGUUGUUCGAACUCAAGGUUACGAUUUACACUCUAGGGUUCACUGUGGCCACCUUGGUGCCCGCUUUCUACGGUAUGAAUUUGAAGAACUACAUCGAAGAGUCCUACUACGGUUUUGGCGCUGUGGUGGUGCUUUCUAUCAUCCAAGGCCUACUCAUCACCGCAUGGAACUUUAAAAAAUUGCAUAGGGUACAAAAACUCACCAUGAUGGACCACACGCCAACUCCAAGUGUGAAACCCUCUUAUUACUACUCCUCCUCAUGGAAGCGCAAGAGAUGGUGGCAGCAGUUGCUUUUUGGUGGUAAAACAAAGUACCACAGACCUACCAACAAGGAACGAGACGUGAUAUGGCGCAUGUUGAGCGACGACAAACUCCCCAAAUGA